AAUUUUCAGCGGAGGGGGGAUAUUCGCCAUUUUAAAUACCCUUUACAAUCAAAGGGAAAAACAACAAAAAUUGUUAAGAUUUUAACUUUAAUUGGUUAACCAACCACUCAUGAAAAUUAAAUCUCAUUUACUAUCAGAUGAUAUUUUCUCAGAUUUCUUAUCUUAGUUAACCUUAAUAGAUAGAUGUAUUUUUUCACACAAUAACUAGUUGCGGGUUGUGGGAUGAUUCAUGGAACGGCUGUCAACACAAGGUUCAACAGCAGACGCAAAUGCAUGUAUUGCCCUCUGCUAUCAACUGAACCAACCUUUAAACAAUGGUAAACGUAGAAUUCAUUAAUAUUGUCUUCCGUAGGUCUAACAAAACCAUUUAAUUAUUAUUAUUAUUAACCACGUAAUUAUUAUUAUCUUAGUCUUAGUCUUAUUAGUCACUUGUGGUCUUAAGUCUUUAGAGUCAAAACUGACACAUUCCUCAGUUCUCAUCAGUAUCAGUGAUCAGUGGAGUCUGCAUUCAGAAUGUUAUUUCUUCAGUGCAGUGUUGACCUGUGGAAUAUAUUUUAUAUAUCAAAUUGAAAACAACACUUAACAUCACAACCUUCCCCUCCACUAAAAGUAAAGAAAGUACAGUUGCAGUUGACUUACUUUAACUUUACUCUGUACUACAAUCAGUUCACUGAGUUCAGAUUUAGUGUUUGUUUCAGGGCAUAUAUUAAUUUGUAUAUACUUACAUAGUAUAUGCCUAGGCCUAAUAAAAGCUGAGAUUCUCAGUUCUGAGAUUUAUUAGUUAUAGUUAAAGGCAUUCAUUAGUACAGCCUAUGAGCGCCAUCGUCUGUGCAGGAUAAUAGUAAUAAUAGUUCUGUGUUUCCCAAAAUUUUAAGUUUGGCUGACAAGUUUUGAAAUUGCACCAGGAACUGGUGGCAGUAUAAUUGGUUAUAUUUUGUUUUUAUUUGACCCGAAAUAUAUUUUAGUUGCGCUAUAUUUUCUUUUAUUUUUAUGAAAUCUGUAAGUGUAAGUCUUUCAAUUAUUAGUGGCCCAGCAGCAUAAGGUAUUAGUGGGCCUGUGCCGCUUCACAGACCACCAUUUGGGGAAAACUGUCAUAGUAUAUUGUCAAUAGAAAUAGACAGUAGAGACUAGGCCAAUAUUACUAUAUAUAAAUUAGAAUAUAGUAUUGUAAUGGCUUUUAUUGAGAAAAUGGCUGGCAUAAAGUAUUUCUAGAACUAGAAGGUUUUUUAAAACCAUUAUAACAUGAUAACAUUUUUUUAAAAGGGCCAAGAUUUUAUUCCAUUAUCCCUUAUACAUAUAUAAAAGUGGGAAAAAAAAAAUGUCACGCAGCGAGCUUUUAUGUGUAGCGUCUGAACUCAGUUCAGGUAGUUUUUUUUUUAUAGGGAGGCUACUAUUAUAUUAAUAAUAAAGAGCCACGGGCAUGGUGUAGGACUGUCUGUAGGCCUAUUUGUUAAAGGCCUGCAUAUUUUAUAGAAAUUGAGAAGUUAACGUUUUUUGUAACUCUUGGACCCACCAGGUAUUUUCUCAAAAUGCCCAGACCCGGUGUAAAAAUACGGCACCCAGCUAAGCCCUAGUAAUUUAUUUUUAUAAAAAUCCUGGGAAAGUGGCAAUUGUAAGGUUGUGCAUUUCCGUUUCAUAGGUAAAUUAUUGUACUUAUUAUUUGCAUCCAGAAAAGGGUAAUAAAAGAAAAAAAUGUUUUGUAACUGUAUCCCAUGUAAUAAGUUUUAUUAAAAAAUAAAUAUAAAAAAACAUUUCUUAAUAUUCCCAAAAGGAGGUAUUUUAUUAAUCUUUUCUGAAAUAGUGCUAUUUGAAGCUGCUUCCUCUCUCCUACCAGCUGUGCUGCCGGUACAUGGAAUUCUAAUAUCCUAGUGGCAAACAUAGCGAAGUGAAAAAAAAUUUUUUUAAAUAAAAUAAUGUCAAUUAAUCAAUAUGGAUAGUUAAAAUUAUUUCAAUGCACUGAACUACACCCUAUUUGAAGUUCAAAGUCAUGACAGCUAUUUAAAAAUCAAAUGUAAAUGCAAAGAAUGAUAAAAAGUAUUAACAAUCUCGUCCUGUGGUAAACAAAAUGAGAAUCACAUGAUUUAUCAUGAAUAAUUUUACCCAUUACUUUCAAAUUCACAUUUGUAAAACUUUAACAUCCACUAUUUAUAAGCAGGUAUUAGUCAUGUUUUAAUGUCAUUGAAAUAUCAAAAAUGUUGCUUUUUGAGAUAGGAAAAAAUAAAAUUUAUUUAAAAGCACAGAUGUCUUUUAUUAACUAAGUACCUACUUUUUUAAAAUCAGUUAAUUUUUCCAGAAAUGGACUGAAGAAUAGUGUACAAAUUUUAAUUUAUAGAAAAAUAUAAUUUUUAUGUUUUGUAUUUCUUUUUGGGAAGAAAAGUUGUUAGGGAUAUUAUUUACAGAGUAAUUCCUAAUCUAAAGAAGCUUAAACUCCAUUGAAUAAUGUCAAGGGUUAGCAGCCAUAACCAGAGCGGGAAUGCAGCCUCCUUGUCCAUUAUUUUCAAUUAUGAAUUAAAGUAAUUAAACAAAAAUUGACAACAAAGUAUGUAUUUAUUAUAUUUAUACAUUUGAAACUUAAAAAUAAACAUAAGUUUUAAUGACUAUAUAAUGCUUGAAAAAUGUAGUAGUUAAGAUGCUAAAAAAACUGAAUGUAUUUUUAAACACAUUCAAUCUGGAUUUACUUUCUGUUUUAGUUCAAACAGUUGACAAUCAGACAGCUAUUGCAGUCCAGUCUCUGCUUGACUCCCAGGCUGUGGCUGAAACACAAGGUGAACCUUCACUAUUAAGUUAUUGUCUUUCAUGCAGAUAUUACGAUAAAUAAAAAUUUUGUGUCAAAAAUUUUGUGUCAAUAAAAUACUUUUUUUAUUGAUGACUGUAUAAUUUAGGCUACAUAGUAUGUUUAAGUAAAUUUUAUAAAGAAAAUAUAAAGUAAAUUAUUUGUAUUUAUAAUUUGUUUAUAUAAAAUAAGUAACUGGGCUCUUAACUUAUUUUUAAACUGGUUUACAUUGUUUUUGUAUUAUUUAUUAUGAAAUAUUAUAUUAUUUCAUUUUAAAUCUAGAUUUAAAAUAACAAGCUUGUGGUAAAUUGUCCAACAAAAUCAGUUAGUGCCCACAGCAUAGACUUUUUCCACCUUUAAAUUAAUUAAUUUAAAUAUUAAACUACAUAAAUACAAAAUAUAUAUAGUUUGCGUCAAGGUUACCCCCUUAAUCUAAAAGGGAAGACCAUAUAAUAAAUUAAAAAUGUUUAAUUGAAUCUAUUUAUAUAUGAAGAAUAAAAUGGAGCCAAGGUUGGGAACCACUGGUCUAAAUGUAACAGGGUUCAGUAAUUCAUUACGCUUCUUUGAUUUUAUUUUUUUUAAGGGUGGGGGGGGGAGGGGGUGACUGACAACAUUGUUUGAAAAAGUAGGUUGUUGUAUGAGGCAGCAACCUUUUCUUCUUAUAUACAUUAAGGGUCCACGAUCAAUUUAUAGAUCAUUUUGGCUCCUUUGCAUGCAGAGGGGAUUUGCAAUGUUUCUUUGUCUGGUGUUGAUGAGGAUAUUUCACUGGUUGCACUGGGAGUUGGAAGGCCCGAGGCAAUAGAUGCAAAUGUGUAAAGUGUUGUUGCCUCCACUGUUCCUUUUGAAAGCUUGUUCGAAUCCCUGAUUGUCUUUGGCAGGAAUGAGCAGUUCCUAUACUGGCUUCUCCCUGGUAUGAGCCGGAAUAGCCUGUCAUGGCCUCGUUGCUGUCAAUGGGGGAGAGGGUUAGCAGCUAAAUUAACUUUUGAAGGCCUUUGCAUGUGCAAAUUUUAAUCUCCAUUGCAGCUCUUUGUUAGAGCAUAUGGAUGGUAAAACAAAAUUUGUCUACAGGCAUCUAGUCAACAAUGAUGUUCACAAGACAAGAUGUGCUGCUGUUACUAGUUACAUCAUGUUUGGCGCAUUUUUUUAUUCCACUGGACAGAUGCAGUGUUGUCAGAAAAAUAAAUUCUGUGGUAAAAGGGAACAAUUAUGUCUAUUGAGCCUCACUACCUCCCAAGAUUUUUAUUUUUACCCCAUUUAGGGUUAUUUACCCCUGUUUGCUGACCCCUGCCUUUUUUGGAACUUACCUUUAGAUGAUAUAGGAAAUUUUGAAUGUUAAAAAAAUGACAAUUUAUACUCUUAAUUAUAAUUUGAACCUAUUUAAAAUAAAAUCAUUUUGCUUAUGUUUAAGUGGAAUCUGAAAAUAAUCCUGUAAAAUUAGCUAGAACCAUUUAUUCAAUAAAACAUUGUGUAACACUUUUGUACUCUAAUUAUUAGCUGAUGCUGAGGACAAUAUUUUGUGCUUUCUGUUAAGUAUGUUUUUGAAAAAAUCAAAUUGAAUAAUUAUCAAACUUUUUAUUUCAAUAUUCACUACGUAAUCUAAUUUAACUUUUAUUGCUUUAGAAGAGGAGGAGGAUAUUUUUCAAUGCGGCAAAUGCAAGAAACAGUUUACUUCCCUGAAUGCCUUUGUUGGCCACAAGCAGACACAAUGUGCUCUACAACAGACAUUACAGCAGCAGCAGCUGCAACAGCAGCAGUUGCAGCAACAUCAGUUACAGCAACAGCAGCAAUUACAACAGCAGCAGAUACAACAACAGAUACAACUUCAGCAGAGACAGCAUACUCAGCAGGUUACUCUUGGUGCAAGCCCCAGUGCUUUUGCCUCCGCCAUAAAUUUGAACCGUCCAUUUUCUCAUGCCCAUCUCAGUGGGCAAGUGUCCACAGUAAGUAAACAGAAUUGAUUAGCUCAUAACAUGAUUUCAGUUAAUAUCAUAUGAAGUUUUUAAAUACAAAAUUUUUAUGGUAGUGUAAUGCUCAAUUUUAUAUUUUGUAUGAUUUUCUAUAAGAUCAUCUUGUUUUAGGAAAGGCUGAUUGCUAAAAACAAAAAAAUCAAUAAUUUUUUUUUUUUUUUACAUAGUUACUUUUAUUAUACUACAAACUGAGAAACGCUUUAAUCAUCAAAAGUUUGUUUGUUUCAAAUUUUUUAUAUUUAAUUAAUUAAGCCAUCAUGUAUAUGUCCAGGAGCUGAAUAUUAAAACAAAGACUUUUACAUAAAGGAAAAAGCUUAUGAAAAAUCCCAUCUAUCGCUAACAACUAAUUAUCAUCUUUGAUCAGCUGAAAUAAAUACUAAAUGAUAGAACUGAGAUUGAAAUAUGAAGAAUAUCUUACUACAAAAUUUAACAAUUCUUACAAUUUUCAGUUCAGAAUAAUUUAAUUUUAUACUUACCGCAGAACUUAAAAAUUAACGGGCACCUUUUUAUUUGCAAUAAUGCACUGUUUGUUUAUUUAUUUGUUAUUACAGUAGGGUAUUGUAUGAUUUUGAGAUGGUAAAUUACUAUUCUGAGACUGUAAUUGUACCAUUUUGGGAGUUCCUGUGUAACCCAGGUCUGUUAACAUUUUUGUGUCUGUAAAACGUCAUUAGGACUUCUAUCACCUUUUUUUUCUGCGCCAUAAUUUUUAAUUUUGCCCAUGAUUCAUUUCAGAUAAAUACAAAUGCUCCUAUACUUCAGGCCCAUCCAUGUUUGACAAGAACAUUAAAUCAGCCGUCAAACACUGUAAGUCUCUCAUAUCAUAUUUUAAUGGUUUAAAAAUAUCUUUCAAGUUAAAACCAACUAUUUGAGGCUGAGUGUAUACAAGGAGAUGUGAAGAAAUUAUUGGUCCAAUCUUGCUCAUAUAAUCUAUUUUUUAAUGGUAAAAAAAAAAAAUGUUUUAUUUCAUAAUAAUGUUCGUAAGCUGUUACGUUACCAAACUUUUAAUUUUAACUGAUAUAGAUGGAUUUUUUAAAACAAUAAAAAAAGUAUAAAUUUGUGUGUGACUGCUGUAAUUAUUUUAGGAAUAAUCCAUUUUUAACAGGCAACAUUAACGCUGAGUGGUGUUUCUCCUUCUCCAUUGUCACACCUCUCACAAAACAUGCUGUUCACUGAUGAUCUCAUGAGUCUGACUAGCUUGGAUCCUGGAAGUCUUGGGGGACAAACUAUUCAAAUGGUUGGUAUUUAUUUUUUAAAAUUUGUAUAUUAACAAUUUCAGUAGCGUAGCAUCCAGAAACUACCUCUGGCACCAAACAAGGGGAAAUAACUCCAUUUUGAUCAUUAGCUUGUUGACUUUCAGCUAGGCAUUAAACAAAAUUGGUAAAAGUGCAGUUCAGGUGCGUAUAUUAUUUCUUAAGGCAUUUCGCAUUUUAAUUUUUUUUUAUCAUGUAAACUUACAUGUAUUCUUUAAUAAUUAAAUACAGGCAGUUAUAGUUAACUAAUUCUGAAUUAUAAGACGCAUCUUUUCUUUUUCUUUUACUUCUAAAGAGUCUUUAACCAUCCCCCAACCAAAGUGACACAGCCCCAUUUGUUUGUAUUUUUCUUUUCACCCUAUGUCAGAUUUUUAGCCACCUAUAAGUUAGUAUGCUAAACGAAAUUUUCAAACUGUAAGCAAGUUCACAAAAAAGAAUGAAAUACUAGAUUUUUCAUUACGCAUACCCCCCCCCCCUUUUUUUUUUCCUCCCCCCCCCCCCUUUUUCUUUUUUUUCCUCUCAGAGCGCUCGGAAUAUAGGGGUUGUCCUUUGAAGUUUGGUCGGGGGGGGGGAUUUGAAGUGGAUCACUGACUAAGGCAGUGGACACACACGUCAUCAUUGUUCUGGACCUGAAGGGAAGCUGGGGAAAAAAAAGGGGGGAGGGGUGCACGAAUACGUGCCAAUAUGUGAUCACGUGUCCACUUUAAAAAAAAUAUAUUUGUGACGUUGCACAAAUGGGGGAAAUCGGAAUGAUAGCGUGGGGUCAUUUUGAAGGCUGCUAAUACGCUGUCCGUGAUUGGUCAGCUCUAAUUUGAGUACCCCUCCUCUUUUUUCGUAUGCAAAUGUACUUAUUAAUGGUGACUGAUUUGCGCUGAGUAAAGUGAGGGCUAGUGAUUAUUUUUUUUAUAUUAUAAGACGGACUCGUUUUGGCUUUGUGGUAUUGCUGGUUGUAGGAUCAUUUUGUUUAAAAUGGCAGGACUACCAAGAAACAAUAACUAACAGUUUUGAUGCAACAGGCAUUUUUAAUGGUGCAGCAUUUGGUUUAAACGCGCACCUUGUGGGGCAACAAAUAGCAUUAAUACAACUGGAAUUUCUCCUAAGGUGCUAGUAACAAUUGCAAUGUGGCUUGUAAGCUGGGUUCGUAUGUCAAGUAUGUGAGCUCCCUAUAAUUACCGGGAUCUGCAUAUCACCCAAAACGGGAUCUCACCCGAAACGGGAUCUCACCGUAACCGGUAUCCCACCGGGAUCGGUAACCCACUGGAUCGGGAUCCCACCGGAUCGGGAUCCCACCGGGAUCAGAAUCUCACCGAAACGGGAUCCCACCGGAUUGGGAUCUCAUUUGGUUUGGGAUACCACCGGAAACGGAUCUCACCGGGAUCGGUAUCUUACCGGGAUCGGGAUCCCACCAUGACCAGGAUUCUAUCGUAAUCACAUCGGGUUUGGGAUCCCAUCAUGAUCCUUCCGGGUGCCAUUGCCAUUGGAAAAACGAAAGGUUUACAUAAGUUAUUUUAAGUGUUUUUAUAGGAGACAAAUUAAUUAUUAUUAUUUUUUUUACUAUUGUUUUGUUGUUGACAUUUCGUUUAAUAGCAAUGUGAACUAAAAGGACGUAGCAGAUUUUUUUUUUCUUAAUGCAGCCCCGGACAACUCCGGUUAUAGUUGAUAGUAAAGUUAUAAAAUAAAUACAUCAUUUAUUUUAACUAGAUUCAUCCAAUUGGGCAACUUUUAUAAAGUAUCUUUAAGGACAGAAGAGUUAUCCUUGAUUUACCACAACGGCUCCUUAAAACACAAAAGAUUCAUAAAAAUGUACAUUUUUUAUCUAGUGAAAUGUGUUUAAUUGUUGUUGUAUUCCAAUAAAAAGAUGGUAUAUAACUUUUAAAAUGCUUUUUAUAAAGAAUUAACAUAAAAUAAGAGAUUCAAACAGAAAUAAUAUACGCACCUGAACUGCACUUUUACCAAAAAAUUACUUAUGAUUGUAGAGAAAAGAUGAAAUUUUAAUGAAACUAAGUCUACAUUAAGACCAGUUGCACAUACAAAUUCUUUAAUGUCAAUUGAAUGUAAUUGAAACACCGGUCAAAUCUGUCAUCUUCAUCUACUGACCCAUCUAUGAUGUCAAGAUUUUGAACUAAUUCAAUAUCAACAUCACUUUUAUUUCCAUUAUCUAUUCCUGCAAUAAAUUAAUUACUGUUGACGCUAACAGCUGAAAUACUUUCAGUUAGAAGGGAUGCUAUAAAUUUUUGUUUUAUGCAUUAACCUCUCAAUUAUUUUUAUUUAUGUUAAAAUAUUAAUUCUGAUCUGUUUAAAACAUUUAUUUAUAAUAAUAAUAAAUCUUUUUCUGCAAAUUUCCAGGUCACUGGACCAGUGCAUGGUCAAACUGCAAACAGUUCCAACGGCGUGACCAUCUUCAGUCCUAUCACCAGCCUUGCUGGCACAGCCAACAGUUACACAACAACUGGUGGGCCUUCCAGUCAACUACUAGUUCAGCCCGCUCAGCACAUUACCCUGACAACCUUCACAGACAAAACCCUUCAGCAACAUACUCUACAAGCACAACCUCAUCAACCUCUGCCGCACAUGGCCCAAGUGAGGCCUCCCCCUGCUCCCCAACCACCUGCCACCAUAACCAUAUCCCAACCUCUACAGCAAAUCCAACCUCAAGUAUUUAAACCUAGUCCCACGAAAGCUGGUGAGUGAACCAAUUUUCGUAACAAUAUGUUUUAAAUUGAUCACAACUGGUUUUAAUCUUUUUGUUUUUUUCCCACCAAAACUUGGAAACCUUAUUUUAUUUCUUAGUUGAAUAAUGUUUGAUAUGGAAAAUAUUGUACAAAUUAUUAGUUAAAGCCUAGCUGUAUCAUCUGGGAGCAGUUGGAACAACAUAUGUAAGAUGUCCACAGAUUGUAUCAUUUUUUUAAAGUGCUAUUUUGUAUUUCAGGUAGAAAGUCUGCACAAAAUAAUUUUAUUUCUGUUCUCAACCCUGACAAUCUUCUAAGUACGAGAAAGGGAAAGACAGCGCGCAAUGCAAAGAACAGUGCAGAAACAUCUGAGGAGGAGGCAAAUGCUAAACCCAAGCUACAGGUGGAACACAAUACUUUGAUCAUUUGUGUAAUUAUUUUAAUGUCAUUUUUUUUUUUUAAAUUAAACUAGAGAAUGAUUUUGUGAAAUGUAAGAAUUGUGAAAGAUUAUUUUUUAAAAGCCUUUGAAAAUUGAUAAUUACAGUGUAAAAUUGUCAAGCUAUAAUAAUAAUAGUCGCAGAAAGCCUAAAAAUUACUUCUCAGCAUGUGCGCAAAGUAAAUUUAAAUUUAUUUUCUAGAACUUUACUUUCCUAGAAUAUUAUGUAGCCAGCCAAAAAAAUUAUUUUCCAUGUGGCCCAAAAAAGUUGCCUUCCCCUGAUAUGAAUAGUUUUUAAAAAAAUUUGAUUUCAAUGUCUUUGAUUUUGUCAACAGUGUGAAUUCUGUAGCAAGCAGUUUACCAAGAACUUUGACCUGCAACAACACGUGAGGGCCCACACAGGGGAAAAGCCCUUCCAGUGCAUUGUUUGUGGGAGAGCUUUUGCUCAAAAGUCUAAUGUGAAGAAACAUAUGGCCACUCAUAAGGUGAGAAGCUGCAUAUGUGUUUGGUCACUAAUAUUGAUCUCUAUGGGAGGUCUAUAGUUCUAACCAUUUAAAUUUUGUGAGUAACCUGUAGUCCACAAUAUGACUUGUAUUCAUUUGCAUUUUAGCUUAGUUUGAAACUGCUCAGUCAACAUCUGCUCAAUCGACAUCAUCUAUUUAGUCAGUGCUUAUAUAUUUAAUUUAAAUAUUUUAUUUAGAAAUAGGCAAAAAACAUCACCAUAUUCCUGGACUAAUUUAUUUAAUUUAUUAAUUGUGUAAUAAUUCAUUUAAUGGGAAAUAAUUUCUUCUUCUUCUAUAUCUUAAGGGCCCACGAUCAAUUUAUUGAUCAUUUUGGCUCCUAUGCAUAUAGAUUGGAUUUGCAAUGUUUCUGUUACUGGUGUUGAUGAGGAAAUCAUGCACUAGGGGUUUGAAGGCUUGAGGCAAUAGACACAAAUGUGUCUAGUGUUGUCGCCUCAACCGUUCCUUUUGAAAGAUUGUUCCAGUCCCUGAUUGUCUUGGGCAGGAAUGAGCAGCUCCUAUACUGGCUUCUUGCUGGUAUGAGCCUGAAUUGUCUGUCAUGGCCUCGUCGCUGUCUAUGGGGGAGAGGUACGAGUUUCUGUUUAAUACUGGAACAGUGGACCAGCCCAUUAUUUAUCUUGUACAUCAUGGAGAGCCUGGAUUGUCGUCGUCGUUUCUCCAAUGGUGACCAGCCUAGUGUUUCUAGCAUGCUGCCAACACUAGAGGUAUUCCUGUAGCGGUUUAGGACAAAGCGUGCUGCUCGUCGCUGGACCGCCUCCAACCUGUCAAUGCUCUUCUGGGUAAAUGGGUCCCAGACUGAAGAUGCAUAAUCUAAAAUCGGACGGAUAAAGGCUUUAUAUGCUCUUUCUUUCACACAGGAGUUGCCAAUCUUUAGAUUUCGCCUUAAGAACCCUAGGGUCUUGUUUGCUUGGUUACAUACAUUGUUAAUAUGCUCGUCCCAGCGGACCUCUCUUUGAAUGGUAACACCCAGGUACUUUACGGAGGAAACUUGCUCAAGUAUAUGGCCGUGCAGUUCGUAUUGGUAGUGUAGAGGAGUACAACUUCUAGAGACUGAUAGUGUCUGGCACUUGGCAGGGUGAAAUUCCAUGUCCCAGCUCAUCUCCCACUCAGCUAACAGAUUGAGAUCCUGUUGUAGCUGGUCCUGGUCAGAUCUGUUGGCGAUCGUCCUAAUUUAAUUUGCGGGCUAAUAAUUCAAUUACUAGAUGUUAACUAAUGUACUGGUUAUGUGUAGGACUUGGGAGCUUUCAUAACCUGAUUUAAAAAGAGUCCAUGGUUAUUUUAGUGAGUUUUCUUUCAGGUUUGGCCAUCUGGUACCUCCAAUACUUUACCCAAACAACCUGACACGUUGCCAGAGGAGAAAGACCUGAUUUCAUCAUCAUCAUCCUCAACAAUUGUAACAGUGUCAGAACCCAUCUGCCAGCCCGUCUCAGUGGCCACCUCCACAGCAACUGUCAACCAUGAAACCCAGAGGCUGUUAAAGUCAGCUGUGCAUCAGGUGAAUUUUUUACUGCAUUACCCAAGUAAACCAAGUUGACAUGGCACCAUGACAAUAAUUGUUAUACUGUUAUUUUAUUUUUAUCUGUUUAUUUGGUUACAGCUCAGUGAGUUAAAGACAAGCUUGCAAGAAGACACAGAUGAUGAUGGUCCUAAGGUCAAAGUUCUUGUAGAUAACUCCUAUAUCUGCCAGUACUGUCCAGCCAAAUUCAAAACCUACUACCAGUUAAAGACACAUCUAGUCCACCACAAAAGUGAACAGGUAAGUUUGACUAGCAUAAGAAGAGGUGGAAUUUUAAAGUAAGCAUAUGAAUUUUAAGACAUCAAUUUAAAAGUGUAUACUUAAAUACUUGAAUACAUGCAGGUACUAUUUUUAUUUACUGCCCUCUCUGUCCCAUGUAAACUUAGGUUUACAAGUGUGUGAUGAAAAAAUGUGGAGAGUCUUUCCAAGACCUUGACACUUUCCUGGAACAUGUGAAAUCUCAUGAGAAUGAAAUGAGCUACCGCUGCCAUCAGUGCCAUAAGUACUUCAAGACACUGUAUGACCUGGGCGUUCACCAAUACUCACAUAUCUAUAUGAACCAAGGAGUCAAGUCAAGCCUUAGGUGGGAUUGUGAUAGCUUAGUAUCACAUCUAUAACAAUAAGAAAUGUUUUAUUGGGACUUCAUUAUUAAAAAAACAGCUUUUUAUUUUGAUUCAUUAGGGUUGAUCUCAAGAGUGAAAAGGGAUAUUUGUUUCCCUCUUGACGUCUAAAAAUUAUUUGAGAAAAAACGCUGCAACAAUAUUUUUUAGAGCAUUAAAUAACAAUACAAAUGACCAGAUAUAAAAUAUAAGCACAUAAUAUUUUUCAUGUAUUUAUUUAUUUAUUUAUUGUUAGACAUUGAAAUAAAACAGAAUGCAAAUGCUGUCUCACUUUCAGACACUUUCAGUGCACUAAAUGUGGUAAUAAAUACACGACCCCCGAGGCCCUGGAGCACCACAUGUCCACCACCAGCCAUGAUUACAAGUGUCCUCACUGUAGUAAACAGUUUACAUGUGAGAGGUUCUUGCGCAGACAUUUGCCAAUCCAUGGCUCUGAAGGUGAUCAAGACUUGAUGAUAUUAGAGAGCAGUCUGUAGGUUUAUUGCUAUGCGGCCUUGCCAUAGCUGCAGUAAAAUUAAAUCAUUAUAUCUUACCAAAACUUAGCGAUUGCUGCAUAUUUUAAGAUGUAUAAAGAAAAGUUGUAUUUGAAAUUUGGAUACCUGUAUGAAGUAAUCUGUGUUUGAUCUUACAUAAGUACACAUGUUGUUGCUCGGCCACAUUGCAAAUGUCAUAUUUGGAGCCCGAUCAUUUAUUCCCUUUACUUAUGUAUGCUGCAAGUUAUAAGUCAUAUUUUAAAGCUUUUAUAUAUUUUCUUUUAACAUGUCUAAUGCAGACCUGUUUACUCUUACGAUUUUGGCGUACAAUGUACGAUUUUUAGAUGUCUUUUACGAUUGUACGCCGAGACCCGCCAAAACUACGAUUUUCAGAGACCCGGUGAAAAAAUAUUUGUGUAAUUUUGUCCGAUUAAAAAAAAAAAAAAAAAAAUUCGGUUGUGGAAGCUUUAGCCCUUAUGGCCCCGCAUUGAAUGGACCCAGAAAAACGAUGGGUUUUUGUAUAUAUAUAUAUAUAUUUAUAGUUGGGACCAUCCUUCAUUAUAUUAUGUACGCACUGAAAGGGGAGGUGGCGGUUGUUGAUUAAAGAGAUUGGUGGCAUACCAGAAACACGGGUUGGGGGGGGGGAUAGGUGGGAGUUUCAAAAGAUAUAAAAAUAUCACCGCAACGCAUCCUAUUGAUGGUGGUGAUGGUCUUAGUGUUGCUUUGCGUGUCACAGUGAACUAGCUAGCUGUGUCAGCAGCAAUCUUUAGGCUAGUCGCCUGGCAACAACUUCACUCACCACCUCAUUGGACUGCUACUGCUAGCAAGCAUGUGUUCGUCUGAACCUCGGCGAUUGUGAAGAGAGAAAACUAGAGGUGUAAGAUUUAGUCAGUGGCAUUAAAAAAAAUAUUUUAGAUCUCGCAGAGCAGCUCUAUCCAGAGGCAUAGCGAGGGGGGUGGGCAGGGGGGGACACCCUCGCUACGCCUCUGACUCUAUCCCCUCAACGAUUUUAAUACAAUAAAACAGUUUUGUAUCACUACUGCUACUACUGCGCCCCCCCCCCCAUUUUUGUUUACAGCUUGUGGUAGUUAUUGGUCUCUGAUACUAUAGCAGUGGUCGGCAAGCCGCGGCUCGUCCAGACUGCGGCUCGGCCAGUCAACUACAAAGCGGUUUUUACUCCGAAAAACAUGGUCCUUGACAGGUUCUUGAAAAUAAAUUUGGCUCGCAAAAUUUGUUUAAUGGUCCUGCUGCUGAUUUGGGCUCUUUUGACCAAUGAGUUUGCUGACCACUGCUCUAUAGUAUGUGAACGUAAAAACUCAGGGACAUAUUGGAUAGGCGAGGGCACUAUGUUUUUCCUAUUAAUGAGGGUGGGGGAAGGUGGGUUCGUCACCAGCACGGAAAUACGUGUUAGUAGACUACAGUGUGUUGUCACUAUGUCGUGUUCAAUAUGACUACUACAGCGACCUCUUUAUGAAAACACAAAGCACUAGUAUACGGUAUACGAUAAAUGCGAAGCAUUGUGGUGAUAUUUGUAUAGCCUUAAUAAUAAUAAUAAUAGACCUAAUUAGAAUUCGUGGAUUUCACAGAUUUAUUUUCAUAUGACAGUUGGCUCUAUGACUGUCAGGAAUCAGGAUAAUUAUUGUAGAAUUUAUGCAUACAUGUAGGUGCAUUCUGGUCCCCCCCCCCCCAACCCAAUCAAAACUUACACGCAUCCUCAGCGAGUAAGUCAUAUUUGGAUGGCCCUUUAAGUUGGCAGGGCGUGCGGCUGGGGGGCGAGGUAUGCAUCAUUGUUCACUUUUUCAUUUUUAUUUUAAAUGUUAUAUAUGGUUUGUCCAAACAGCUCUGGCGCUAGAAUUUGGCUGCAUUGACCUAUGUGCACAUUGCGUGAUUUUAAUGUUACCAUUAUCAUUAAUGGAAUCGGCCAUCAUUCUUGUUUUCGGUUCCGUAGUUGACCUCACUUAGUAUUUUACGAUAUGACCUCGACAAAAAGAAAGGCUCGCGGAAUGGGUGAUGAAGAAGAAACUUCUCUUUCUACCGAUAAACAUCCGAUUCAACAACAGAAAAAGAAAGUUUAUCAGCAGAUAGUCUUGCUUGAAUAUCAGACAAAAUUGACUGGGUUGCGUUCUUUGUCGAAUGGUCCAUCAUGCGCGCACUGCACUUUUCAUGAACAAUCUAUCAGGGACAAAAGGAGUGGUGUUGAUUUAGGAAAUUUUGGGUUUGGCGUUGGUCUAAAUACUUAAAUCUAUACAAUCAACACCGCGACAUUUCCGUAAUGACAGGGGGGGGGGGGGGCUGUUCCUCGGCAGAAAGAACGUACGUUAUUUAAAAAGUCUACAAUAUUCAUCCCCUAACUCUGAAAGUCCAAAAAUAGCAUUCUAUUUAUAUCUCGAAUGCUGUACAAUACCACCCAAUGUUUUGUAGGAAUUAUUGCGGUGAUGUUGUCAAGAUGUAUUGUCAACAAUAAACUCGCUAGCUUUGGGAGAGAAGUUACAGUUGUGUUUAGUCAUGAGUGUUCAGCGCGCGUGUGAGCGCGUGUGACGCAUAUUUCGUUGGGCUACGCCAGUGGUUAUUAUAAUUUUGUUUCCUGGCGCAUAUGUCAUAUUAGGUUUUCGCCAGGGUUUCCUGGAUGAAAUUCUUACAAGUACACUUCGAAAUAGGGAAUACACAAAUAAAAUAAAGGGUGGGAUAAAAAUAAAUAUAUCGUUUAUGUAGGUCACAAACAUGUAGGUCACAAACAUGGAGGUAUCUAUAGCAGAUGCAGGUCUUCAAAAUAAAGUUACCGCAGUUUACAGUUAACGUCAGUCGAAUACUGAUUACCUUCAGUUCCAUUUUUUGACAAACCGCUGAACUGGAUGCCACUGAACACGCUAUACCAGUAGUUACUGAAAAUACUAUAUAUAUAUACUGUAUAUUUAUUUUUUUACUAUUAAGAUACUGUAUUGUACGAUUUUGAGACGAUAUUGUACGAUUUUAGGAGUUUGAGGGUAAACAGGUCUGCUAAUGGCAAUUACUGGGCAUGCAUGAAUACAAUAUUUUAAAAUUUGACCUCUAACUUAAAAGAAAACAGAUUUCAUUAGGCUAGCAAAAAUAGUAUUGCUGAUAAUUGAUAAUAGAGAUAAUUGAUAAUAAAUUAUUUCAUAAAGAUAAGUUAAAAGUUCCCAGUUAGAAAUGCUCCAAUAGUGGAAUAGAGGACAUAAAUUGUGUUAAAUAUACCUUUAUUCAACUAGCAUGAUAAUUGUGAUUUAUUUACUCAGGGUUAAUUUUUGCUUAAUGCUGAAUAUGGGGAUUGUGAGUUUAAUGCUUAUAAAAGAGUGCAGUGAAUAAAACUGUCUUUGUCAUUCAGGGGUAUGAAUUAAGCUAAAAAUGAUGAUGUGUUAGGUAAUGAUAUACUGGUUGCAGUGAAAGGGUUGAUAGACAUUUUAUUAUCUGCUAUAAAAAACAUCUAUUAUAGAUAAUUGUUACUUAAAAGUGUAAAAGAUUUUUAAAAGCCUGACUUCGCUAGAAAAGGAAUAUUGAAACGUCUAUUCAUAUCAUGAUAAACACAUUUUCCCCUGUAAACACAUUUUCUGUUAACACAAGAGAACUAAAUUUGGCUUUAAUUUCAGGUCAGUUUGAAUGUCAGGAAUGUAAGAAAAGGUUCAAGACAGAGCAUUACUUAAAGUCCCACAAGCUAAUACACACCGGAGAAACUCCUUAUGCCUGUGACAUUUGUCAGGCAGCUUUCAAUCGCAAGGACAAAUUGAAACGACAUUUGACCAUCCACGACUCCAUCAAGAAAUAUAGAUGUCCAUUCAGGAAUAUUGCAGGUACACAUUCUUAAAUGAUUUUCAGUAUCAUUUUUUAAAAAAAAGAUUGAUUUUCAAAAUAGAUUUCUGUAGCAGAAUCAAUCAUUCUUUUCUCAAAGUUAAACCUUUGCUUUAGCAUUUAUGGGUUGAAAACUUUCAAGUCCAGUUAUUAUAGCUACCCUUUUUAUUUCAUUGUAAGCUAUUCAGAGACUUCUUCUUUAUAUAAAGUGACCACAAUCAAUUUCUUGAUCAUUCUGGCUCCUAUAGACUUCAUAUGAUCCCUUUUUAACACUAACAGCAUCAAUGUUUUUCUUUUUCAAUUUCCCUCCAAUGCUAUGAUACUUUUGUAGUGAGCAAGAAAUCAGGGAGUCAAAAGAAAAAUUUAUAGUUCAAAUUGAUUUUCUUCAGGUUUUUUUUUUUCAGUCGCAAAGUUUUACAAACUAAAAUUUUUUCAAUGUGCUUAUUUUAAGAAUUAUUCCUAUGCAGACCUGUUUACCCUCAAACUCUUAAAAUUGUACAAUAUCAUGACAAAAUUGUUGAAUAUCUUAAUAGUAAAAAAAAUAAACAUAAAGUAUAUAUAAUGUAUAAACCUCAAAAUCAUACAUUGUACGCCAAAAUCGUAAGAGUAAACAGGUCUGCCUAUGUGUAUAAUUUUUAUGUGAAAUGACCGGCUUUUAGAUUAUUUGACUGUUAAUUUUAUUUAUAAUAGCAACAAUCAAAGUUAAAAUAUAUACUUUAUGACACUUUUGACCUGUAUUAUUAAACUUGGUUAUAGUUGAAAGAACUGUUUAGAAAUCUGUCAUGUUUUGGUUCAGCUGUUAAAAGCAAUCAUUUCUUACUUUCAGCUUGCACAAAAGAAUUCAAUCGUCCUGAUAAGCUGAAGGCACAUAUCAUCACACACAGUGGUAUCAAACCUUACAAGUGUAGUAUAUGUGGGAAGGGCUUCUCAAGGCGGCCUCAUUUAAUGGAGCAUGAGAGGGGCCACAACUCUGAUUACAGGUUCAAAUGUGACAAGUGUGGGAAGGGGUUUUUCAGACCAAAAUUAUUUAAUGAACACAAAUGUCAGCCUUCCAAAUCAGGCCCUGAUCAGCAAUUCCGUCCUAGAAACAGAAGGAAGAUUGGUCGACCACGGAAGAGGAUGAUCAGUAUUGCACCUGACUCAGUGUCCAAAACCAGAGGAAAGCAAUACACAUCUCGAACAAGGUUAAAAAGUAAAAUCAUGCAGUAUCCAAGUGCCACAGGGCAGACCUUGUCUGUAAAACAACAGUUGCAGCAGCAGAAAUUGUUUGCCAAGGCAGAAUCACCCAAGGAAAGAGAGGCUUGUAAGGAGCCAAACACACUCUCUGUAGAAGUUGUUAAAGCUCUGCCUCUGAUGACAAAUUCAGGUAAAGGUGUGAUUGACAUGGACGGGGCAGGAAACAUGAGCGUACAUAUUCCUGGCCUUAAUGGUGGCAAGAAUGAUGUGAGCUCCUCUCUGGGCCACCAUGUCCAGCAGAUCAGUCUUGGUCGCAAUGGUGAACUUGUGGAUCACUAUGUGGUGCACCUGACUGAAUCAGUAGACGGCAGUGGACCGACCAUUCAGACAGCAUUUAUACCUGCAGUUUCUGGGGGGCAAAUCUUUGCGAGUGGGCCAGGAGGUAUGGGGAUACAGCCCAUCGCUAUUAUUGAGGCUCGGUCUUUCAACAUGACCACAGGAGACGGCUCAGGCACUCAGGUACUUACAACCGAUGGAUCUAAUGCUAUCAUCACUUGCACUCAAGGCCACCUCCAGGCUGACGGACUGGACAGCUCGGGUGGAAGUUACAUUACAGUUUCAGAUGGUACUCACAUGAUGGGAGAUGGGGGCAGGAUAUCUGUCAAAGCAGAUCUGGAAGACACAGGGAUGAUCAUGUUAUCUGAUGAGAAUGGUAACGGGACUGACCAAAAUGGAAUGAUGGGUCACCAUGAAGGGGAUCUCUUGAUGAGUGGUCAGUGUAACACAGGCAAUCCAUUGGUGGGGAGGAACUCCAAGGAGGAGUCUGUGAUGGUCAUAGGGAACCACAGCUUGAUUGUGUCAGCUAAUGAAAUGGUCACUGUGGAAGGGGACGGUGGCGCGGACAUGAUGGAUGGCACCUUGUCACUUUUUGCUCCUCCGGUUAGUGGUGAUGGCUAUGUGGGUGGGCAGGUAGUUGUGUCAGGUGAUCAGACUUACAUAACAUGUAAUGUAGACUACACAACAUCUGAUAACAUACUUCAUGGCUAACAUCUGGCAAGUUACUCUAAAGUGGCUAAUGCAUUACCCUUCAAGGUAUUCCAUGGGGCUGGUUCUUCAGAUGGAUAAUAAACACCCGAAAAGUGACUCCAAGGUGCUAAUACUAGUAAUAAAACACAAAGCAAGAUGCACUUUGGGGAUAACAAAACCCCCGGCAAGCUACUGUAUGAGCAUAAUUUGUUGUCUGUGAGUUUGAUAUCAUCUCUGAUGCCAUUACUCUUUGCGCCAAUGCUGGUAGUGUUAAAGAGAAAGAUGUCUAACAGGAUCUCAGUUAAGUUAGACAACCCUGAGGAUCAACAUCAAAGCUUUAUUGUGCCUUGUGAUUUGUUAACUGCUUAAACUGAGUUAAAAGUUUGUGAAUUAUCUUUAAUGUAGUUUUUAUAAAAAGUGUAAGUUUCCUUGUUGAUCAAACCACAUUUAUGCAAAACAUAUUUAAACAUGACAUACUUCAUGAGGCAGGCUCAAAGCCACAUGCAUUAUAUUCUUACAUGAAUACAUAAGUCUUUGAAAGAAUUACAUGUCCUACAUUUGUUAAAAGAACUAUGUAUUUUUUUUGUUACCGUAUAGGAACUCAUUUGCCUGUCUACAAAUUGAAAUAGUAAAAAGAAUGUGUGAAACAUGAAUAUUUUAAUUCAUAAAUCCUCUUGAAAGAUUUCAUAAAACUGGACUGCAUUUAAAGUUAUUUCUCUUAUUUUAAGUUUAUUAAAUGGUAGCUUUGGCAUUUGAAGAGGCAAGUAUUAAAACUGUUGUACUUCAUUAAUAUAUACCGGGUACCUAUGUUUUAUUAUGCCUGUCACUGUCGGGCACGUUUUCUUAUAAAAUCAAAUCAUUUCUUAAAAUAUCUUAGAAAUGUGUCUUAAUUUUAAAAAAUAUCAUUGCUGUUUAACUAUAUAAAUUAUCUAUAUUUGAAACUCCAAAUAUCUGAUUUGAAAAUAUUUUUUAACUUAACCAGUGCAGUACACAUUUUCAUGACCAUAAAGAAAUCUCCUCGGAAAAAUAUCUGAAGUAGAUCAUGAUAAUUUGCACAUUUCACAGAUCUGAUUCAUGUGAAAAUAAAGUGGAAUAAUCUAUGAACUUGGCCUUUUGUGUUAUUUUAAUGCCAUGUCUAUCUCCAAUGAUCUGCAAUGUAACCUUAUUUUAAUCUUAUGUCACUGUAUGUCAUGAGUUGGCUAACCUCCCUUUGAUUAUAACCCAUUGGUAGUGAUAUUAUUGUUUCUCAGUUUAGUGUAUGACUACUUUUAGACAUUUCAUCUGGUAUGUUAUAAUAAAAUGGACAGCGAGCAACUAACUGGAUUAUGUUAAGUUAGCCUGACAACAGCUAGGAUUUUUAAGAAUGAGACACCUAAAUGAGACAAUGGUUAUUUUAACAUCAGGGCAACUGGGAUAAAGUGUAUCUUCUGGUAUGAUGUCUGCAUUUGUGCUAUCAAGCAUGGACUAUUGCAAUGCUCUCAUGGUGGGUCUUCCAGCUACGCUCUUGGAUAAAAUUCAAAUAGCACAGAAUAAUGCGGCUCGCAUAGUUCUCCGCAAACGCAAAUUCGACCAUGCAAAAACACUUCUGAGAGAGUUGCAUUGGCUGCUGGUGUGUGCUCGCAUAGAGUACAAAAUCGCAACUUUGUGCUACUGCUGCUUACAUGACCUGGCGCCGUCCUAUCUGAAAGAGCUGCUGACGCCUUAUGUACCCACUAGAGAGCUCCGCUCAUCCGAUAGUGGCAAACUCUCAACACCACGUGUUUGCCUUGAGACUUACGGAAAGCGCACUUUCGCAUUUGCUGGUCCAACAAUUUGGAACGCCCUUCCUGUCGAUCUCAGAAACAACCAGACACUGGAGUCCUUUAAAACCGAUCUAAAGACACAUCUAUUUCGAAAAUACCUUCUGGGAUGAUUGUCUCCUUAUUUUCCAGUUAAUGCAUAAUGGCUGUGUUGCUCCGGGUUGAAAUGGCUAGAAAGACUUUGAGAUUGUUGCUUGUAAUUAGUUUUUUUAGUGCUGCGUUUGUUUUAAAUGUGGUAAAUUAUAGAUAUGUUUUUUGUUGACUUUGUACUGCGCUUCGAGCCUUUGGGGAUGAAGCGUGUUUUUGAAAUGAACUUUAUUAUUAUUAUUAUUAUGUUAUAAUAAAAUGGACAGCGAGCAACUAACUGGAUUAUGUUAAGUUAGCCUGACAACAGCUAGGAUUUUUAAGGAUGAGACACCUAAAUGAGACAAUGGUUAUUUUAAUAUCAGGGCAACUGGGAUAAAGUGUAUCUUAACAAAACAGUUGGGAAUUUGGGAAUAGAAGUAAAAGUUGAUUCAUUCAACUGUUGGGAUGAAGGGUAUUAUUUGCUAAGGGACAC